AUGGCCGAGUGCAUCACCAGAUCAGCCACCGAUCCUCCAAGCCCAGACGACCUCCGAGACGCUUACGAGCUUGAAUUGCGCUCUCCGAACGGCAACCCUGUUCGUCUCGGAGAGCUCAUUUGUGAAAAGGGUGACAAUAUCACGACGAUUAUUGUUUUUAUCCGCCACUUCUUCUGCGUCUACGACCAAGACUACGUCCGCACAAUCUCGCACCACCUAACAGACUCCCUGCUCAAAUCCCUCCCGUCAACUUCCUCAACGGGCCCCUCGCAACUAAUAAUAAUCGGCUGCGGCGACCCGGCGCUGAUAACCCCCUACGUCUCGGAAACAUCCACCCCCUUCCCAGUCUACAGCGACCCUCGCGGGCGAAUCUACGAGAAGCUACACAUGACACGUACAAUGUCGAAUGUCAUGAAGCAGCCGAGCUACAGCACCGUGGGGUUUUGGAGGGCGUUGGGCAAGACCUUCCGGCAGAUGGCGGCGAGUGGGUGGAGGGGGUUGAGGGGUGGUGGGUGGGGGCAAAAUGGGGGCGAGUGGGUGUUCAAGGGCGGGAAGUGUGUUUAUGUACAUCGCAUGAAGGAUGUAGGGGAUCAUUUGACGGCAGGGGAGUUGUUGGAGGUUUUGGGAUGCGGGGCUGGGGAUGAUACGGCGAAGGAGGAGAUGAGGGAGGAGGUUGAGAGGAGGUUGGAUUAG